AGAACAUUUAAUAGCAAUGUUAGUGUAUUUUAAUGUAAAAUAAAUAUUAAUUAUGUUUUAUAUAUUAAACUAACUUAAAUUGUUUUAAUACUUUAAAUAUUUAUAUUGAUUGUUGGUGACGCCACUGUCGAAACCAAUUCACAUGCUGUUUUUCAAAACACGUGCGUUGUUCAGCUUACACUUGAUUUUCAAAGUAAAUUUCAUUAAAAUGGAGAAAUUAGACUCGUCCAUUGCGUUGGAUAGUGGAAAACAGAAGGCGUUUAAGAAGAGUGUUAAAAAACUACAAAAGAAAGUCAAGGCUUCUCCGACUAAACCAAAAAAAGGUUCUAAAAUUGAUGAUUAUUUGGAACGAGGAUUGAUUUACCUCAGCCAUAUUCCCAAAGGAUUCUUUGAGAAUGAAAUCAGACGCUUCUUCAAACAAUUUGGUCAUGUAACUAAUGUCAGAGUUCUUCGAUCACACAACUCAGGCAAGAGCAAAGGAGCUGCUUUUGUUGAAUUCUAUGAUCCUGAUGUGGCUAAGAUUGCAGCUGAGACAAUGGAUAACUAUCUGAUGUUUAAAAGAAGGCUUGAGGCUAAAUAUAUUGAACCAGAGGCCAGGCAUAGGGAUUUGUUCAAAACUAUCAUCAGCGAAGCAAAGUUUCCAAAGAAAUUAAGACAGAAAGCAACUGUAACACAAAAGAAUCAGAAACUGACACCUGAAAAACACCAGAAGAAGGUUACCAAGAAAGUGAAGGCUUUACAGAAGGCUGGCAUGUUAGAUUUUUGUCAAGUGCAAGGUGUUGAUGUUAAUAAAAUAAUUGCAAAACCUGUGGAACAAGCAACAUUGGAACCACAAGAAGAAACUGAAACAUUUUCUGAUGAUUCUAUUGUUGUUUCUGAAGCUGUGUUGCAUCCCAAAAAGAAAUUAAAGUAAAAUCAGUCAAAACUAAAACAAUCAUGAAGGCAAAAGACAAAAAAGCAAAGAAAGAAAGCAAUUCUGCUAUUACCAAGGUGGCGGCACGUACUUUAGGUGGUAAAGCUGGGAAAAAAUUAACUUUGGAUCCAGAUUUGGUUACACAAGUCAAUUUUUCAAAGAAGAAAGGUAAAGGAAGGUCAGGAAAGAAAGGUAAACAGUAAAUAUUGUUAUUUCUAAGACUUAAAUUGCCCACAAAUGAAAAUUGACUCUACAUAAGUACAAAUCUAUAAACAUUUUGAUUUGUGUUUGAAUAAAUGAUUAUUUGGUAUCACCAAUGUAUAAUGGUCAACUUGUAUUGUUUAAUAAUUAUUAAUAAAUGUAAAAACACGCAAUUCAGAUAUAAAUUUGAUAAAUAUAUACAUUUUCAUAA